AUGAGCAGGUUGUGUGGGCAGGCUCAGAUAUCGCUGGGCCUCAGGUCUGGCUUCCCCCUGCCCGGGAGAGGUUGCCCUCCCAGCCAGGAGGAGACCCCAAGAACCGUGGCCCAGCUGCCUCAGACACUUCCGGAGAAAUCAAAAUCCCACUCCUUUCGUUAUGUGAUCUGCCUUCUCCUCCUCGCCCUUGUCUUGACCUCCUUGGGCGGAACCUUCCUGGCACCGAGAAGCCAGCAUCUGGACGACGCUCUGGCCAGGGCCAGUCUGGCUGCUAAAGAAGUGGACCGUCUGGAAGUCGUGAACGUAUCAAGGCUGGUGUACCCACAGCCAAACCUGCUGCUCUUUUCUAAGGAGGAUGUCCUUGUCCAGACACCUUGGUUAGCUCCAAUUGUGUGGGAAGAGACUUUCAACAUUGAGAUACUCAACGAGCAUUUCUGGCUCCAGAAUGUCACCGUUGGGUUGGCCUCGUUUGCCGUGAAGAAGUACACGGUCUUCCUGAAGCCGUUCCUGGAGACGGCAGAGGCCCACUUCAUGGUGGGACACAGGGUGAAAUACUACAUCUUUACCGAUCAGCCCGAUCGCGUCCCGCCCAUCCGGCUCCGAGACGGCAGGCAGAUGGCCAUCCUGGAGGUCCCCACCAGCGCCGGCCGCCGGGAGGAUUCCGGACCCCGCAUGGAGACGCUCAGCCGUUUCUCCUCUCUGCACUUCUUCAAGGAGGUGGAUUACCUGGUGUGCGCACACGUGGAUGUGACCUUCCAGGAGCACGUGGGCGUGGAGAUCCUCUCCGCCUUGUUCGGCACCAUCCACCCUGUCUUCUUUGGGCACCAUCGGGACACCUUUGCCUACGAACGCCGGCCGCAGUCACAAGCCCACGUUCCGCUCGGCGAGGGGGACUUCUAUUACACAGGGGCUUUAUUUGGGGGGUCAGUGCUGGAAGUUCAGAGGCUCGCCACGGCCUGUCACGAGGCCAUGGCGAGGGACAAAGCCCGCCACGUUGAGGCUGUGUGGCAUGAGGAGAGCUACUUGAACAAGUACCUGCUUUACCACAAACCCACCAAGGUCCUCUCCCCGGAGUACAUGUGGGACAAGAGGCUGAUGGACCUGCCGGUCAUCUUCCAGAACGUGAGAUUUCAGGACGUGGAUGCUCCAAAGAAUCACCAAGCAACCCAGAACCGUGACAGAAGCCUCCAGGGAAGCGAGGAGAAGUCCAGUGGACAGGUAGCCUGA